UCAGGUAGGACCGUAUGGGGACGGCAGAGGAGAGAACGUGGUUUCCGUAGUAACCACCCCAGCUGCCCUCCUCCACCCCGCUCCCUCUUUCUUUCUCUCCUUCAGUCGUUCACUCGUGCCUGGUGAAGAUGGUGUCACCAUCUAUCUCUCUUCCUUUCUCCCAUCCUCUUGCUCUGUAUCUUCUUCUCUCUGGAUAUGGUUCCUUGAGCAGCCAAUGACAAAGGCUGGAGGAGAGCAAACGGAGUAGUCGAUUCUUUUUUUCUUUUUUCUUUUCUGGACGGAAUCCCUCUCUUCCACUCUUUCUGGUGGAAUUUUUUGGAAUCUUUUAAGGAAUUGGAAUUCUUGUUGCAUAUUCUGGACGUUUGUAUUCUGAGUGUGUUUGUGUGAGUGUGAGUGUGUGUGUGUGUAUGGUUGCUGUGGGGACGUGCCUGAUGCUUGAUAAUGGCUCAUGCGGCGUCUCAGAUUAAGAAGAAUAAAGAUGUGGAUGUUAACGCACUGGAGGAUGAAAAGGAAAGGAAAAGGAAGAGCAGGAAACCCUCAAAGGAUCAAAAGAAAAAGUCGGACAGCAAUGCCAGUUACCUGCGGGCAGCGAGGGCAGGGAACCUUGAGAAGGUCCUCGACUACCUGAAGACUGGUGUCGACAUCAACAUCUGUAAUCAGAAUGGGUUGAAUGCAUUGCACCUGGCAUCCAAAGAGGGGCAUGUAGACGUGGUGGCCGAGCUGCUUAAAUUGGGCGCCAACGUAGAUGCAGCAACCAAGAAAGGAAACACGGCACUGCACAUCGCCUCACUGGCGGGACAGGAGGAAGUGGUGAGAGAGCUAGUGACUAAUGGGGCCAACGUCAAUGCACAGAGCCAGAAUGGCUUUACCCCACUCUACAUGGCUGCACAGGAAAACCAUCUGGAUGUGGUGCGCUUCCUCCUGGAGAACAAUUCCAGCCAAAGCAUUGCCACAGAGGAUGGUUUUACGCCGUUAGCAGUAGCCCUGCAGCAGGGUCAUGAUCAGGUGGUUUCUCUGUUAUUAGAGAAUGACACAAAAGGUAAAGUCCGUCUGCCUGCACUCCACAUCGCAGCCCGCAAGGACGACACCAAAUCUGCAGCUCUGCUUCUUCAGAAUGACCACAAUGCGGAUGUUGAGUCCAAGAUGAUGGUGAAUAGAAUGACAGAGAGCGGUUUCACUCCUCUCCACAUUGCUGCCCACUAUGGAAACAUCAACGUAGCAACACUACUGUUAAACAGAGGAGCAGCAGUGGACUUCAUGGCAAGGAAUGACAUCACUCCACUGCAUGUGGCGGCUAAGAGAGGGAAUGGAAACAUGGUUAAGUUGCUGCUGGACCGUGGAGCAAAAAUUGAUGCCAAGACCAAGGACGGUUUAACCCCUCUGCAUUGUGGCGCACGCAGUGGACAUGAGCAGGUUGUUGAGAUGCUGCUGGACAGGGGAGCUCCCAUCUUGUCCAAAACGAAAAACGGUCUGUCUCCGCUGCAUAUGGCGACCCAAGGGGAUCACCUGAACUGUGUCCAGCUGCUCCUUCAGCACAAUGCUCCCGUGGAUGAUGUCACUAACGAUUACCUGACGCCACUGCACGUGGCCGCUCACUGCGGACAUUACAAAGUGGCCAAAGUCAUCGUGGAUAAGAAGGCCAACCCUAACGCUAAAGCCCUGAACGGCUUCACACCUCUUCAUAUUGCCUGUAAGAAGAACCGAACGAAGGUGAUGGAACUGCUGCUGAAACACGGGGCAUCAAUGCAGGCAGUCACUGAGUCGGGGUUGACGCCCAUCCAUGUUGCUGCAUUUAUGGGUCAUGAGAACAUAGUGAAACAGCUCACACAUCAUGGAGCCUCACCCAACACCACCAACGUGAGAGGUGAAACAGCAUUGCACAUGGCAGCAAGAGCCGGCCAGGCUGAUGUUGUCAGAUACCUGCUACAGAAUGGUGCUAAAGUGGACAUCAAAGCCAAGGAUGACCAAACAGCCCUGCAUAUAGCUAGCCGGCUGGGAAAAUUGGAGAUUGUGCAGCAGUUGCUGCAGAAGGGGGCGUUACCCAAUGCUGCCACCACCUCUGGCUACACCCCUCUCCACCUCGCCGCCCGCGAGGGUCAUCAGGAGAUAGCAGCACUCCUACUGGAGCAGGGAACAUCCCUGUCUGCAACAACUAAGAAAGGAUUCACUCCCCUGCAUGUGGCUGCAAAGUAUGGGCAGUUGGAAGUAGCCAAUCUUCUGCUGCAGAAGAAAGCUGCGCCGGAUGCAGCAGGAAAGACUGGGUUAACACCGCUGCAUGUGGCUGCUCACUAUGAUAAUCAGAGAGUGGCUCUGUUACUGCUGGACCAGGGAGCAUCUCCUCAUUCUGCUGCGAAGAAUGGCUACACACCUCUCCAUAUCGCAGCUAAGAAGAAUCAGUUGGAGAUUGGGACAACGUUGCUGGAAUAUGGGGCGGAGUGUAACACAGUGACCCGUCAGGGCAUCAGCCCCCUCCACCUCGCUGCACAGGAGGGCAGUGUGGACCUCGUGUCCCUGCUGCUCACCAAACAGGCUAAUGUUAAUAUGGGCAAUAAGAGCGGUCUCACACCGCUGCACCUGGCUGCACAGGACGACAGGUCAGGAGUUGUUGAAGUGCUGUUGAACAAUGGAGCAGAAAUUGAUGCCCAAACCAAGAGUGGAUACACUCCGUUGCAUGUGGCUUGCCACUAUGGCAACAUGAAGAUGGCCGACUUCCUGUUAGAGAAUCAGGCCAAGCCUAAUGCCAAAACAAAGAAUGGUUAUACACCUCUACACCAAGCAGCACAGCAAGGCCACACCCACAUCAUUAAUAUGCUGCUUCAAUAUGGAGCUUCGCCCAAUGAGCUCACAGGGAAUGGUAACACAGCUCUCUCCAUCGCUCGACGACUGGGGUACAUCUCUGUAGUGGACAUGCUGAGAGGAGUUACAGAUGAAAACCUCACUGCCACGCCUGUAACUGAGAAACACAAGAUCAAUGUCCCGGAGACCAUGAAUGAGUUCCUCGACAUGUCUGAUGAUGAAGCUGUGAAAGAUCAUGAAGCUCUGGCUGAUGGGGAAGAAGGUGAAGAUGCAAUGACCGGCGAGACUGAGAAGUAUCUUCGACCACAGGACCUGAGGGAGUUGGGGGAUGACUCCCUGCCCCAGGAGGGGUACAUGGGUUUCAGUAUUGGAGGCCGCUCUGCCAGUCUGCGCUCCUUCAGCUCAGACAGGUCCAACACUCUGAACAGAAGCUCCUUCGCUCGGGACAGCAUGAUGAUUGAAGAGAUGCUGGCGCCCACCAAAGACACGGGUGUAUUUAAAGAUAUUUCCUACAUGGUGGACCAUCAGAAUAAGCAUCUCGCAGUGACUCGUGAUUACAACAGCGAGUGUAUGCGGCGGUACAGUUGGACCCCUGAUACAGUGGACCACUCACAUAACACUGUCUGCAGUCCUGUGCAUUCUGGCCCUUCCUCCCCGCUUCCUCAGUAUGACUCCAGGUUCCUAGUGAGUUUCAUGGUGGAUGCCCGGGGUGGGUCAAUGAGAGGAAGUCGUCAUGAUGGGAUGCGUAUAAUCAUUCCACCCAGGAAGUGUCCAGCACCGACGCGAAUCACCUGCCGCCUAGCAAAGAGGCACCGCCUGGCGUACCCACCCCCUAUGGUGGAGGGAGAGGGCCUAGUGAGCAGGCUGGUGGAGAUGGGGCCAGCCGGGGCACAGUUUUUGGGGCCUGUGAUAGUUGAAAUUCCUCAUUUCGGCUCCAUGCGGGGAAAGGAGAGGGAGCUGAUCGUCCUACGCAGUGAUAAUGGAGAAACCUGGAAAGAACAUCAUUAUGACUUUAAAGUGACAGAGCUCACCUCGAUCCUCAAUGGCAUGGAUGAAGAGAUGGACAGUCCAGCAGAGCUGGAGAAAAAACGUAUUUGCCGCAUCAUCACAAAAGAUUUCCCACAGUACUUUGCGGUGGUGUCACGCAUCAAACAAGAGAGUGAUUACAUGGGACCAGAGGGUGGAGUCCUGAGCAGUGAGGCAGUUCCCAUGGUGAAGGCUGCCUUUCCUCAGGGAGCGCUUACGAAGAAGAUUCGUGUUGGACUACAGGCUCAGCCUUUGCCAGAAGACAUUGUGCGGAUUAUCACUGCUAACCGUGCAUCCUUCAGCCCGAUUGUAACUGUGGAGCCCAGGAGGAGGAAAUUCCACAAGCCUAUCACAAUGACAAUCCCCGUGCCACCCAGAGCCAAAGAGGCUGUGGCUAAUGGACGCAAAGGAGAACCUGCCCCCUGCCUUAGACUGCUCUGUAGCAUUACAGGUGGAACAUCCCCUGCACAGUGGGAAGACAUCACUGGGACCACUCCGCUCUCCUUUGUCACAGACUGUGUUUCCUUCACCACAAAUGUGUCUGCCAGAUUUUGGUUGGCAGACUGUCAGCAAAUCAGCGAGACUGUGGGUUUAGCAUCUCAGCUGUACAGAGAGCUGAUCUGCGUUCCUUACCUGGCCAAGUUUGUGGUGUUUGCUAAAAUGAUUGACCACAUAGAGACCCGCUUGCGUUGCUUCUGCAUGACUGACGACAAAGUCGACAAAACUCUGGAGCAGCAGGAGAACUUUGAGGAGGUGGCAAGGAGCAAAGACAUUGAGAUUCUGGAGGGUAAGCCCAUUCAUGUUGAAUGCUACGGCAACAUCAUUCCUCUGGCAAAGAGUGGUCAGCAACUUGUCUUCAACUUCUAUGCCUUCAAAGAGAACCGACUUCCAUUCAAUGUCAAGGUCAGAGAUAUGGGCCAAGAGCCAUGUGGGAGAAUCUCAUUCCUCAGAGAACCUAAAAUCGCAAAAGGCUUGCCACAGAGUGCAAUCUGCAAUCUUAACUUUUCACUGCCAACACACAGGAAGGAUAUGGAGUCGGAUCCUGAUGAUGAGAAUGACAAAGAUCGACGACAUACCUUUGCUUCAUUAGCAUUGCGAAAGCGAUACAGCUAUCUGGCCGAUCCAGCAUCCAAAACAGCUGAAAGAGGCCAUAACACCACUCCAAAAACCACACCGCAGCCUUCUGGCUAUGCUUACAAGCCUGUCUUUACGACGCGCUCCUACCAGGCCUGGGCGACAAGCUCCCCCGUCAAUGUCCCCACCCAGACCAAGUCUGGAUUUGGCUCCCUCUCCAGCUCCUCAUCCAACACCCCCUCAGCCUCCCCACUGAGAUCGGUGUGGUCUGUGAACUCUGCUUCUCCUAUCAAAUCCAUUAUUGGAGGUUCACCAGCAUCUUCCAUCAAAUCUGCCAGUGACGUUGCAUCACCUAUUCGAUCCUACAGAACUAUCUCGUCACCAAUAAAAACUGUAGUUCAAGGUGCACAGUAUCCAGUCCAAGCCUCCCCCACCCUUCUGUCCUCUCCAGGCAAGAGUGCCCCUGAUCCAGUUUCACUUAAGGGCCUCACAGGGCUUUCAGCCAGGACUUCGCCUGUACCAUCUGGCGGAACCUUGCUGGAAAGAUCCUCUAUUGCUAUGACUCCUCCAGCCUCACCUAAGUCUUCACUAAACAUGUACAGCUCAAGUUUGCAAUAUAAGUCUGUCGUAACUUCAAACCCUCCAGCAAACUGCUCCCCGAUUAGAACUGUCCCGGGCUUCUCCUCUAACAGAACCAGCACUGAUGCCUCUGCCAGAGGAUUUCUGUCAUCCCUCUCCUCACCAUUGAAAUCUGGCUCAGCCACUACAACCGCUGCCCUGAUCAAUGGGACAGUUUCCCCAACCAAAUAUCGCUCCUCCUCUCCAACAACGCAUCUUACCAACACUCUCCAGGAAAGAAUUCAAGCCACGACAAAUGCAGCAACAACAAGUGUAAAUGCUGCAUUUGAUGAAGUGGAAAAAACUUUUAAUUCCUGCUCUGCUGGCUAUGGCACACUAAAGUCAGUGUCCUCCACUCCCUCAUCCUCUUACCAGUCUAUCCGUUCCUCUGCAUCUAGCUCACUGUAUGCCUCCCUCAGAACCCCUCCAAAUUCUACCACAUCUGUAACUUCCAGCACUAUUACAGUCCCUGUGUAUUCCGUCAUAAAUGUCUUACCAGAACCCCAGUUUAAAAAGCUCCCUGAAGUCUCCAUGCCAACAGCUGCUCUCCUGUCCCCCAGAAAGGUCAUGCCCCAAGAGGUUAAUGUCCAGACUCAGUCCUCUUUUGCCAGAACUCUGUCUCCUGUCAAAACUCCAAUGAACAUGUCCCCAGGAACAAUAAAAGCUGCCACCUCUUCAUCCCCUCUGUCCAACAGCCAAGAGAUACUAAAAGAUGUGGCUGAAAUGAAGGAGGACUUGAUCAGAAUGUCUGCAAUUUUGCAAACUGAUACAAAUUCAAGCUCCAAAGGUUAUCAUUCGGACUCUAAGGAACAUAAAGUUGAAGAUGAGGAGCCUUUCAAGAUUGUAGAGAAGGUCAAACAGGACCUUGUCAAAGUCAGUGAAAUUCUUAGCAAGGAUGUUUUGAGAGAGAGUAAGGCAAAUAUUAACAACACCAAAACAGAAUAUAUCCUAGAGGAUGACAUAGAUGAUAAUGCACAAAAUGUAUGGAGAUGCCCACCUCGAUAUGAAACAUUAGCUCCUCAAGUCAAAACAAAACCAGUAUCUGAGAGAGAUUUUAACCUGGCUAAAGUUGUUGAUUACCUAACCAACGACAUUGGCACAAGUUCUCUUUCUAAAAUAGCAGAGGCUAAACAUAGAACUGAGGAAGCAAGGAGAGAAGGAGAGGAAAAACAAAAACGUGUCCUUAAACCUGCUAUGGCAUUACAGGAGCACAAGCUCAAAAUGCCUCCAACCAACAUGCGCCCUUCACCUUCAGAAAAAGAGCUAUCAAAGCUUGCAGAUGUAUUGUUUGGCCCUGAAAUAGCACUAGACUCUCCUGAUGAUGUCUCCCAUGACCAAGAUAAAAGUCCACUGUCAGACAGUGGGUUUGAAACUCGCAGUGAAAGAACUCCCUCUGCCCCCCAAAGUGCAGAAGGAUUGGGGCCCAAAGGCCUCUUUCAGGAGAUUCCUCCUGUUAUCACUGAAACACGGACUGAGGUUGUUCAUGUCAUAAGAAGCUAUGAGCCUCCAGAGAAUCCUAAGGAGCCAGCAUUGGAAGAUGCUAGAAUGAAAAAGACUCCACUGCGAUGUGCAGACAAUGAGCCCCGAUCCCCUGGUGGGUCCAUCAAAGAAAGAGUUAAAGCUUACCAAGCCAGAGUCAAUGCAGAGGAUGAUGUGAUGAGCAAAGGUAUGCGGGUCAAAGAGGAAACUCACAUUACAACAACUACAAGAAUGGUAUACCACAAACCCCCCAUUAAAGAAGUUGCAUCUGAGAGGAUGGAGGAGACCAUGUCUGUACGAGACAUAAUGAAGGCCUUCCAAUCUGGCAAGGAUCCAUCUAGAGAGUUAACAGGCCUGUUUGAGCACAAAAGCAGCAGUGAAGGGGCAGAUCCUUCUGAUAGGCCUCUAGACCCAAUGCCCAAAGUUGAGCGCAUCAUUGAGGUUCACAUUGAGAAAGGCAACAAAGCUGAACCAACUGAAGUAAUUUUCAGAGAAACAAAAAAUCAUCCUGAGAAGGAAAUGUACAUAUAUCAGGGAAAAAGUGGCAUGAAAGAACUGCAAAACAGAUUGAGCAGUGAGCAACAUGACAGCAUAGAGCCUGAAGAAUCUCUUCCUUGUUAUCAGGACUCCAGAAUACACAUGCCUGUCUCUGUGGAGGAUGAUAAAACCUUGAAACUGCUUAGUCAGCAGUCAGUGGAGUACCAUGAUGAUGAAUCAUCUGAAACAAGGGGAGAAUCAUACAAAUUUGCAGAGAAAAUGCUCCUGUCAGAUAAAUUUGACUCUUCCCAUUCAGACUCAGAUGAAUCUGUGAUUGACAGGUUUCAGUACUAUGGUGAGGGAAAACAAGGUGGCUCAAUUAGAGAAUUCAUGCUAAAGCCUGAUAGGUCAGCUAGAUCAUCAGAAGAUGACAAUUAUGACAAACUCACUUUGCUGCAGUAUUCUUCUAAUCCUGAUAGUCCAAAAAAGUCUAUUUGGAUGAGAGUUUCUGAGGAUGGGCAGAGUAAAAGCAGAGAGAAUCACAAAUAUGAGGAUAGAGUAGACAGAACUGUCAAAGAGGCUGAGGAAAAGCUUAGUGAAGUUUCACAAUUCUUUCGUGAUAAAACUGAAAAACUGAAUGACGAGCUUCAGUCCCCUGAAAAGAAGCAUCACAGACAAGAUGCAAGGGAGACUCGUUCUGGGCCAAGCUCAACACGUAGUAGCCCAGAGAGGUCAAUGCACAGGACUGGAGGUACUGGAGAGGACUGGAGUAGAGACAGGUUUAGGGAUAAAUAUGAUUCCCAAGACAGAAAAUGUGCCAGUCUACCAAGCAGUCCUGAAAGACGAGUCUUGCUUCGAUACAAUGAUGACCCAAAAAAGGGAGACAGCUCAUCUGCAAGCAGUGCAAGUGAAUCGUCUAAAUAUUUCCAGCCUUCAACAUCUAAGGUUAGCUCAGUAAGGAUGAAAUUUGAAUCAGAGGCCCAGAAACAAGAUAAAGGUCCACAAUGGGGACAAACUUCCGGAUCCCCAGUGAGGAAGCUGCAGGAAAGUAAGCUGCCUGUUUAUCAAGUUUUUGCAGGGGGUAAUCUCCCAAAGUCAACAGAGUCUUCUGAAAGUGAGAGAAUCCCUAAAAAAGAUAGUGAGGUUGGGCAAAGUUACAAUGUUCGAAAGGCUCAAGCAUAUGCCCAAAGUCAGCAGAGUGAAAGACAGAGAAAUAGGUCAGAUAACUCUUCACCAAAAUAUAACCAAAAUGAUUACAGUAAGGAGCAAAUUGCCAAUGAAGACAUGAAAAUAUAUAAAACAUGGGAAAACCAUGGCAAUGGGCAACUGAAAGGCCAAAAGACAAAGCUUACUCAUACUCUAGUGCAUGAUAGGCAAAAGGACAACUCACAUAAUGAACCGCACACAUUGAGAGAUGGAAACACCACAAAAGAAGAAACAACUAAAAAGAUCAUUUACACAGAGCUUGUAAUUCGAGAAGACCCUAGUAAUGCUGAAAAAUGCAAUGGUGCUCUAAAAAAAAACUCGGAAUCACAAAUUCCUGUUAGGGUUUCAUCUAGUUUUAUAGACCACCAUCAAAGUAGUACUUUAAAGUUAGAUUCCUCCAUUAAAUCUGAAAGAAUAGGGUCUCACAUAACCAGAAAUACACAGCACCCUCAUUCUGGUGCUAGCAAAUCACCUAGAGAUGUGUCAUCUGUACUGAACUCAGAUUCUAGCAGGCAGAUUGUUAAUAUAGUCUGUAAUGGUGUGGAUGAUAACCAAGUUGAGUAUAUUGAAAAAGUUAGCCCAGGUGUCACUGCGGACAUCAAACCUCUUCCUGUGUAUGUCAGCAUUCAAGUAGGUAAACAGUAUGAGAAAGAAACUGCCACUGGACAGUUAGGCACAUACAAAAAAGUUGUAAGCCAUGAGAGCAGGACAGUACAUGAAACACGAGGAACAUUUUAUUCUGUUAAACAGAAACAGCCGCCAUCACCACAGGGAAGCCCAGAAGAUGACACGUUAGAGCAGGUUACAUUUAUGGACAGUUCAGGAAAGGGUCCCAUAACUCCUGAGACACCUACCUUGGAGGAGGUCAGCUACGACCUGAACUCCAGAGCUCCUGAGCCUGUCAUCGGUUCCAUGGCUGGCAUGCCUAGCCCAAUCCCAGAGGAGUCUGAGGAAGACGAGCAGCUGAAGACUUUCAUUUUCAGAGAAGUAUCAGCAGAAAAAGCCAAGUCAGCCACUCAAACAUCAGAGCCUUCGAAAAGAAAAUCAGACUCAAAUGGAAAAAGGUCAAAAGACAAACGCAUAGCUUAUAUCGAGUUCCCACCACCACCACCUUUAGAAACUGAACAUGCUGAUCCUGAAAAGAGGGGGUCAUGUCCUUCCUCAGAAGCAGAAACAGAGAUGAUGGAGGUGAACCUGCAAGAGGAACAUGACAGACAUCUCCUUGCAGAGCCAAUAAUCAGAGUCCAGCCUCCUUCCCCUCUUCCACCUGGAGCUGACAACAGUGACUCUAGUGAUGAUGAAUCUGUUUUUCAGCCUGUCCCCCUUAAGAAGUACACCUUCAAAAUGGCUGAGGAGUGUGAUAAAUUUGUUAAGCCUAGGAAACCAGAGAGAAAUGGCUCACACCACAAGGAAUCAGGUAUCAAUGGUAUUGUCAAAGGAGAUGAGGUAGAAUGUGAACAGAAUGGAAAUGAUCAGUCUAUCACAGAUUGCUCUAUAGCAACAACGGCUGAAUUUUCCCAUGAUACAGAUGCCACUGAGAUAGAUUCUCUUGAUGGGUAUGACCUACAAGAUGAGGAUGAUGGAUUGAGUGACCCUAAAACAUCCAGCCUGUCGAUUGAGGGAAAAGCAGGAGAUCGGGCUUUCAGCCAGAGCAAACUUGAAGUGAUUGAAGAGGAGAGCACACCAAAUGAGGAAACUGGGGAAAAGGCAAAAACAAAAAGGACAUCGGGUAAAAAAUCAGACAAUGGGAAAGAAGAUACAAUCUAUUCUUUGGAGGGAAGACACCCAGAUAGACAAGGUUUUGCAGACAAUUAUUUCAAGAACCAACUAGAGGAGUGCAUAAACACUACCUUUAAAACGGUGGCUACUAAAGGCUUGGAUUUUGAUCCAUGGUCUGGUAAAGUGGGAGAGGAGGGAACUUUUGAUGCUAAGAACAAAGAUGAAGAUCCAAAGCCCUGUACUUUGUCAGUGGAAGACAAAUCACAAGCAACCACACCGGAUACCACUCCAGCAAGAACCCCAACAGAUGAGAGCACCCCAACUAGUGAGCCCAACCCUUUCCCCUUCCACGAGGGCAAGAUGUUUGAGAUGACCCGCAGUGGUGCUAUUGACAUGAGCAAGAGGGACUUUGUUGAAGAGAGACUCCAGUUUUUCCAGAUUGGUGAGCAUACAUCAGAUGGGCAGUCAGGGGACAAGGGGAAAGGGGGCAGCAAUGCGGGGGUAGACGCCUCUCACUCAAAGGCAGGGGAAAGAGCUGUAGAGGGGAAGGUAGAGGCAACUACAGAUUUAACACCAUCCAGAAGCAGCACAGUACAAGGCAGUGCUGACUGCCUGGACGCACCUCCAUUCGCUGACACCACCUCAUGCACUGUCACAGCCUCCAAGGUCGACCCCAAAUUACGCACCCCCAUUAAGAUGGGCAUCGCAGCUUCCAUUACUAUAAAGAAAGACACUGGCUCAGCUGAACUGACUGAUGUUAAAACUGAGUCCUCAGAAAGUCAGAUGCUGGAAUACAUUAGUUUGGAGUCUCAAUUAGUGGAAAGUCACUUUGAUAGCAGGUGCACUAACUCUUCCCCGGCUGGCAGAAAAGAUUACCCAUCAGAAAACUACAAUAACAACAAUAACUUAGAGUCCUCCAAUGUGCAGGCCAACUACAUCCACUGUGGAAGUGUAGUCUUCAAUUUGCAGUCAUCUUCUGAACCCACCUUACAGAAAGCUAGUAGAAUAGAAGCUCAGUUCUGUAGGGAGUCUUUGGACAAAGCAGAGAAAACCAGUACUGAGAGUCCUCAGACUAAAGUAGUCUCAGAAAACAGGCAGCCAAAGUCUAGGCUCCCAGUCAAGGCAGCAGGGUUCAGUUUUAACACACUCAGUUCAGGGAAGCAGAAGCCUAAACAGGUUGUGAGGCCAGAGGCAAGGAAAGUGGAUCUUGCAUCCAUAAUGCCUGAGCCCAAGUCUAGAAUACCUGUCAAGGACAUCAAAAGAAAUGGUGCAGCUAACUCAGCUGUCACAUCUCAGGUCGUUCCAAGUGCAAGUAAGCUCCCAGAGUCAGAGAGAUCAGUCAGACCAGUGGUUCCCUCUAGGCUGCCUUUCAAAGACAGGUCAUGUGGUCCUUCCGAGGCAGGUAGAGGUAACUUUAGCGAGGUGUGUAGGCAGUCAAUUGAGUUCUUAAAGAAUGUUAGCGGGGAAGCAAUAAAGGUGGCCGAACGACUUUCAGACGAGGAGAAACAGACACAGGGAGAGCAGUCGCAAUCGGAGGAGGACAGCAGCACAUCACGAAGCACCUCACUAUCGGACCCCUCUCAGUCCCAGCCCUCCCUCUCCGCUGGCUCCUCCCGAGGGGUCACACCCUCCAGGACAAAGGUCACAAGGGCGGCGGGGAGUGAGAGGAGGAGGAGUAAGCGGACUGGAGGAGGGAAGGAGGGCAGUAAGAACGAAGGGGCUCGCAGGUCGCCCCCCGUCGCGGAGAUCAAGCCUAGUCCACAGAGUCCCUGUGAGAGAACAGACCUUCGCAUGGCCAUCGUUGCUGAUCACCUGGGACUGAGCUGGACAGAACUGGCUCGAGAGAUGAAUUUUUCUGUCGAUGAGAUAAACCAUAUCCGCACAGAGAACCCAAACUCUCUCACAGCCCAGAGCUUCAUGCUCCUUAAGAAGUGGGUCAGUCGUGAUGGGAAAAACGCAACAACGGAUGCACUGACGGCUGUCCUGACAAAAGUGAACCGGAUGGAUAUUGUGACUCUGCUGGAAGGGCCCAUAUUUGACUAUGGUAACAUUUCAGGCACCAGAAGUUUUGCAGAUGAUAGCGCUGUGUGCCAGGAAAAGGCGGAUGGUUUCCAAAACAUCCUGGCUCAACUGCAGUCAACUACCAACCCCACCCCCGCCACACCCCCUAUCUGCCCCUUUAUGUCUGAUGGCAUCGAACCCAUCUUAGAUCUGCCACUUGACCCUCCCCCAUAUUGCCCCUCCUGGGGACUAGAGCGGUACAAUGAGGACGAGUCUGUCAGAAUCACCCCAACCAGACCCUGCGACCUGCCCCUGUCCAAACCUGUAAACCAGCAUCACACACUCUCUGAAACAACUGCCGAAAUACACACACACAUACUCUCCCCUGAUUCUCUGCUCCCUUCAGACAACCCCAAACUCACAACACAACUCUCAGCUAUCACAUGUGAACCAGACUCACACCUUACCCCUGAGCAUUCUCCCCUAGACCAAGAAGAACUUCCUCGAAACCCCUCUGUUUGCUCUGUAUCACUCCAGUCUGUCCCAAAAACAGACCCACCCACAAUCAGGAUCGAACAGGACCACCUUAUACAGGGGAACCAGUGGUCUCUACAAAAGGAACUGAAAGAAGAAAAUGAGGAGAAUAAGUCUUUUCACUCCCAACAGAAAACAUCUCCUCCGGUGGAACAGACAAACCUAACACACAAGGAAAAAGAAGAGGGUCCCUCAUCAUCAUUACUACCAUCACCGUUAAAAGAACCAAACGUUAACAUGAGGGGACAGGAGAGAGUGAUUCUGAAAGAGGUCAAAGAUCAUGAUGAGUGCCCUUUGCGACCCUGGGCAGAGGUCCUGAGGGAGUCUGGCUCAGGAGGAGAGGAGGAGGAAGAGGAGGAGGAGGAGGAAGUCGAGAAAACACAGGAGCGACCAGAGGUGUCAGGAGGCCACGGCAGAGAGAGGGAGAGGGAAGUGAAUGAGGAGAUGACUAAGGAGAAAGUGAGAGAGGUAGCGAGAGGUGUUGAACAAAUUGAGUCUGAGUUGUGCUUGCUCUCCACAGGCUGGCUCACUGAGACGUCGAACAUAGAGCCACCCGCUUCAGGGCGGAGUCACGGGUCAGACUACAUGGACCGACAGGAAAACAGUCAAGAGAACUCCAGUGACUCCAUGACAUCAUCAUCAAGAGUGGAUUCAGGAAAACCUCGACAAAAUGGCGAACACUCCGAUACUAUGCCCCGCAGCUCAGCGUCUCAGGAAUCAGCCAAUGGUGUGAAGGCAGGUGUGGGCAAGCAAGAAGGAGCUCUGAUCGCUGAGCACAAAGUCCAGCAGCGGUUAUCAUCAGAGACCGGCCUGGACGAAGAGCGUACCAUCACCACCAAAGUGUUUCGUAGACGUCUCAUUCUCAAGGGAGAGGAGGCACGCAACAUUCCUGGCGAGACAGUUUCAGAGCAACAGUUUAUUGAUGAAGAUGGAAACAUCAUCACCAGAAAAGUCAUUCGAAAGGUGAUUUGCCGUGUGGACACUCCCACUCCUGAAAACCAGGGCUUGGGGUGUGGCAUGGGGUCACCGGGAGACCAUGCCACCAUGGGGAAGAGCCAGGUCCCCCUGGUACCUGAUAUCCAAAGCCAUCUCGCUACACAUGCUGAGGGAGAAGUUUCCAAGGUGAGGAAGAAGGAAGAAAAGCGUUCAGAAAGAAAACAUUAUUCAUAAAUGUGGCUUCAUGACUAGACAGGUUUGCAGGUAUAUUUUCGAUCUGUUUCCUGAGCGGCAGGGCCACAAGAGCUGAAAAGAGAUAUUUGGCCUGGAAAGACAUCUACAGCUUCCACUCUGAAACGCAUGGUCUUCAAAGAGACUUUGACCUAUCUGCUUGCGCAUGAGCAUGCAUCACACUGCUGACACACUUCCUGUUCCAAGGGGGUCUCGAUGAAUUCUAUUUCCUGAAAUGGGUCCCGGUGAAUUCUACUUCCUCUCUGUGUUGGGUCCUAUGUAAUUCUACGUACUCUUUCUGGGGAACCUAUGAGAUUACACUUCAUUCUUCUUGAUGGUUAAUACCUGCGCUGACCCGGAUCAUCAGGAAUUCAGAAACUGUUUUGUGUGCCAUGAAUAUCAGAUGAAUAAAUGCGAGGGGUAUAUUCAAAAGACCCCUUAAACUCCAAACCGUAUACUCACACAAAUUUCCCUAUGACCAAAGAUGGCACAAAAGCUCUUUUUCGUGUUUUAGGGGGGAAAAAAACAAUAGAUGCUGUUGAACCACACCUUACAUUCGCCUUACACGUUACCGUGGACCCAUGACGUCAGGAGGAGGAUCCCUGUGUUUUAAUUUUUCUGAAUUUAUAAAACUAAAAUAAACGAUGUGGUUGACUUUUCUGUACAUAAAUCACAAUAUGUAAAAAAAUAAGAUAAAAUUUAGUAGUUAGGUUUAGCGAGAGCACCGCAAACAUAGACUUUACAAGUGCUUUCAAGAUUUUAAAGACAGUGAAACUUCACAUGCUCUUGUAUAAUUGAUUACUAUAGCAGGUAUGUUUGUAUAUGAGAAAAGUUGGUUCGGUUUUCAGGGGACGUUUCCUUAAAAUCCUCUGCGAAUUUCAACGAUUCCCAAAAUGGGAAUUUAUCAAAUUCUGUGAAGAAGUCAUACAGAGGACUAAUAUUUUGAUGCAUGCAGUUCACCUUAUUUUAAGAACCUUUUUUCUAAGUUUGCAAAACACUGUAUUUAGAGAGACAAAUAAGAAAAUACUUUUUCUUGUGUACACAUACAACUCUUAACAUGUCUCAAGUUUUAUAUUCCAAAAUGUCACCCUACAAACAUCCAACGUGUAGAAAUGGUUAAGUGUGACAAGCUCUAACCAGAAUGCUUCCUUAGAAGUUCAGUGUAGUGUCUGUUAUCUUUCAUAUGGAAGACAUUGUCUGCCAAUGUUAGCCUGAGCGCUCCAAGUAAGAUGUGUUCAGAAUGUAUAUGCUAGUAAAUCAGCAUCUCUGUUCAACUAUCACUGUAUCAUGUGUAUUGGCUGUACAAUGUAGAGGUCUGUAUUCAUCAUAAGAAUGUCUUCAUUUUUUCUUUCUUUUUGAUCGCUGAGGUUUUAAAAGAAAAUUCUGGCAUUUUGUUUUAGGUUAAGUGAACAUUUAACAUUUUCAUCUGGAGUCACACGUAACUCAUACGGGAUGUCUUUAGACCUUUAUUACUUGUAGAUUUAAUAGCUUAUGUAUUACAAAUGACACACUGGAUGGUCAUUAUAAUUUUAAGUAUUACAAGAAAUCGUUUCCACUUUCGGAAUUGUGUGAUAUAUUUUAGAGUCAAUGUGUUGCAGUGUUCUGCAUCGGUUUUGAUAAUAUAGAAUUUUUCUUUAGCAAUUAAUUUCUGUUUGUUUGUUUGGUUGGUUUUCCUCCAAUAGUCUUUUUAGCUUGUGGUGUGUACAGUAUGGCGUGAAAAAUCCUUUAGUGUGCUGAAUUUUGCUAUGGCAAUGAGAUCUGAAAGACCUAGGAAACUAGGUUGUGAUGGGGUGUGGUUCUGCUUCCCUGUUACAUGUCAAUCAAACUUUGGGAGGGGCCUGACAUGGUCCAGUCAGUUGAUUUUGUUUAAUAUAAUAUGUUUUCACCUGAGCAAAAUUUUUGAUGUACAAUUCUUACAAUGAGUGAAGCCAUUUAAAUGCAACUAUAAUAGCACUUUGGUUAUUGGAGGUCUUCUCUUUUAGAAACUAGCAGCUAUGAUGCCACCAUAAUGUUGUAAAUGUCUUACAAAAAUCUGAUUUAAAAAUAAAAUAAAUGCAUUGAUUUUGCAAACCUA